AUGUCUGUCUUUUGCGAAGUUCCCCAAGCAGCACCCGUGGCCGUGUUUAAACUAACACAGGACUUCAAUAACGACCAGUUUCCUCAUAAAGUCAACCUCGGUGUUGGGGCAUAUCGUACAGAUGAAGGCAAACCGUGGGUUUUGCCAGUUGUGAAAAAGGUGGAAAAGCUCAUCGCCAGCGAUGACAAACUGAACCAUGAGUACCUACCUAUCCUGGGUUUGCCCGAGUUCAGAUCCUCGGCGUCUAAGAUCGCGCUUGGAGAUGGUAGCCCUGCCAUCCUUGAGAACAGGGUGGGGGCAGUUCAAUGUCUUGGUGGCACAGGUGCAUUGAAGAUGGGAGCAGAGUUCCUUAGACGUUUCUACAAUGGAUGCAACAACACAAAGACACCUGUCUAUGUCUCUGCGCCUACCUGGGAGAAUCACAAUGGCGUUUUCACCAAUGCCGGUUUCGAAGAUGUACAUCCCUACAAGUACUGGGAUGCGGAGAAGAGAGGCCUUGAUCUGUCUGGCUUCCUUGGUGACUUGGAGAGCUGCCCAGAGCGUUCCAUAUUUGUCCUGCAUGCCUGUGCCCACAAUCCAACUGGCACAGACCCCACACAGGAGCAGUGGAAGCAGAUUGCAGAGGUCAUGAUGAGAAGGAAGCUGUUUGUAUUCUUUGACUCUGCUUAUCAAGGAUUUGCUUCAGGCAGCCUGGAUAAAGAUGCCUGGGCCGUCCGUUUUUUUGUCUCUAUGGGCUUUGAAAUGUUCUGUGCCCAGUCUUUCUCCAAAAACUUUGGCCUCUACAACGAGCGUGUUGGCAACCUGACCGUGGUGGCUCGUGAUGCAGACAACCUGAAGAGGGUUCUGUCCCAAAUGGAGAAGAUUGUGCGGACCACCUGGUCUAACCCACCCAGUCAAGGGGCUCGCAUAGUAGCCGUCACCUUGAACUCCCCGGAGCUCUUUGUCGAAUGGAAAGAAAACGUGAAGACCAUGGCUGAUAGGGUAUUGUUGAUGAGGGCCCAGCUGAAAGACAAGCUCCAGGCUUUGGGGACACCAGGAACCUGGCACCACAUCACAGAGCAAAUUGGCAUGUUCAGCUUCACCGGACUCAACCCCAGACAAGUGGAAUACAUGGUGAAGGAGAAACACAUCUACCUGAUGGCUAGCGGACGCAUCAAUAUGUGUGGCUUGACCAGCAAGAACAUAAACUACGUGGCUGAGUCAAUACAUGAGGCUGUCACGAAGGUCCAGUAG